AGCACAGCAAUCGCAGCCCCUCCCACGCGUCUCAAAGCUGAUUUAUUGAACCUUAACCUCCUCCUUGGAGUACACAGCAUCGCUGGUCCUGCACCUCCGCGGCAGCCGGCAUUUCGCAAGAAUUGAUGGGGUGCAAAUCGUGCCAGAAGCCCAAGGCGCAGCACUGGAAGGGUCUGUGGUCGCCGGAGGAGGACCAGAAGCUCCGCGACUACAUCGUCCGCUACGGCCACAGCUGCUGGAGCACCGUCCCUGUCAAGGCCGGACUUCAGAGGAACGGAAAGAGCUGCAGGCUGCGAUGGAUCAACUACCUAAGGCCGGGGCUGAAGCACGGCAUGUUCUCCCAGGCGGAAGAAGAGACCGUCAUGAGCCUCCAUGCCACACUCGGCAACAAUUUUCAGGAAAGGGGAGGACCCCGGCUUCUGCAUCUGGACGAUGCAUGCAACCAUGUGUCUAAUCUAAUGCUUAUACGUUUCGAAAGGGUCUUUGCAGUUGCCUGCCGGUGCAAGCAAGAUAGGUGGUCUCGCAUAGCGCAGCACCUGCCGGGCCGGACGGAUAACGAGGUGAAGAACUACUGGAACUCGUACCUGAAGAAGCGCGUCGAGGGCGCGCGGGCACCAGCCAAGUCCGCCGGCUCCGACGCGCCCCGGAGCCCGACGCCCAGCGACAGCGGCCGCGAACGCAGCACCGUUAACCAGCUGUCCAACUCCGGCUCGUCGGGCCCGCCUGAGUCGUCGUCGACGGCCGACGACUCGAGCAGCCUCACCGGGCCCGGCGCGGCCGCCUUGAUCCGGCCGCACGCCCCCGUGCUCCCCAAGGUCAUGUUCGCGGACUGGCUCGACAUGGACAUGGAAUACGGCACCAGCCUGCUGCGGCCGAGCGCCCUGGACACGGCCUUCGACUGCAGCCAGGCGCAGCAGGGCGCGAGCAACACGGUAGACGGUCGUUGCGGCACCGUGGACUCGUUGCACGGGCUCAGCGAUGGCGGCAUCUGCUGGGAGUUCGACGCGGACGAGAUGCACAUGCAGGGCGGAGCAGGGUUCUGCGACCUGCUCUCCAUGAGCGAGUUCCUCGGGAUCAACUAGGCGACCCCUCCCGAACAGGGCAAUGGUGUGCCGCCGUGGCUGCCUCUCUAGCCAGUCAUGGUUGGUCACUGACAAGAAGUUCUCAAUGCCACGAUUCAGUCGGACCAGCACCGUGGAAAAGAAAUCGUUGAAGGCGUUGUUGCCGGAAGACCCACAUAUCCAAGAUCUCAACCUUAAAAAGAAAAACUCACAUGCCUUACGACCACACCGGAGGCAGCAUAAAUUUUUGAAACAAAAGGGGUUUCCCUCCGCCCCAACUUUAUAGAAAGCCAAGGCAAGCAACAACCAGGCAGGACUGUUAACAGCGCUCGGCGACACCAGAGAGUAGCUGCCACAGAUAGGAAAGGGUUUUAAAGACUACCCUAUUACAAGUUCUUGGGUAGUUCAUACCAAUAGACAUAAUCAGGGAGCAACCCGCUAGCUAACAUGAAGAUCAAAGCCAAUAAACUAGCAGCGACUACAUCCCAGCGACGUCCUAUUGAAGGGAUGCACUAUUAUCUUCACGCAAUUCUAAGCAAUUCCCCUCUUCGGUGGUCCAAAAGCCUUAAGCACCGGAGAAGUAGCGCACCCUUAGCUUCUGAGCAUAAUAUUUUCCAUUUCUUGAUCGUCGCCCCCAACAGGUCCAAAACACACCGUAUACUUCGCCAUCUUCCCCCCUGGAAAACAAAAUCAUUUCGAAAACGCCAUAAGCUCCAUAAGGCAGCAGCAGUAACAAUGUUCAGGGCUUCAAAAUGUUUUCUUCUCUUCCAGAAAGAAGUCAAUCGAUCAAAGAAUUAGGAACAUCAAUCUUAAAGAUAUCAGCAACUAGAUUCCAAACAUUUUCAGCAAGAAUGCAAUCAAAAAACAGAUGCUGGAUAGUCUCAGGCUCGCUGCAGAAGACACAUCACAUGUCCUCAACAUGUCUACGC